CUUUCAUUUUUGAUUGAGCGAGGUUACCUAGGCAGACCGGAACCUUAACAUCAUGUCAUGAGCAACGUUUCUCCACAUUCUCCAUAAAAAUCCGAGUUUUCCUUCAUUAAAAACACACCAUGCAACGAAUACGGUUUUCUUCUGAUGGCUCAACGGAUGACGACUCGAUGUCUACUCGGAUGGAUCAUCUACGAGUUGAAUUCAACGACGAGUCUCCAAUAGUCCGAGGAACUAACCUUAGGGUCGCUCAAGAUUUUAGUGAUUUAUUUAUGGAUGGACCGGACGAUUUCGCUCAAUAUGAUGACUUUCACACCAUUGACUGGGUUAGAGACAGACAAAGAGAUAGGACAAGGUUUCGUCGUAUGAAACGUUUGAAACACGGUAACCUAUGGGACCGUAUCAAACAGGCUAAUGAUGCUUGGGGAGGCUGGCUCGUUGUCUUUCUAGUUGGAUUGGCUGCUGGUUUGAGUGCAGGAGUAAUUGAUAUUGGAGCUAGCUGGAUGACAGACCUUAAACUAGGCAUUUGUCCAGAGAAUUUCUGGUUUAAUAAGGAAGCUUGUUGUUGGUCUGAUGACAAUACUUUCGAUGAUGCUGGAUGUCAACAGUGGAAGACAUGGGGUGAAGUGUUUACCGGCGCAGCUAGUGGUACUGGCGUGUACUUCCUAAAUUAUUUCAUUUAUGUAUUGAGUGCUUUAGGAUUUGCAUGUUUAGCUGUGGUACUUGUCAGAUGGAUUGCACCGUAUGCAUGUGGAAGUGGGAUCCCUGAGAUAAAGACCAUUCUCAGUGGGUUUAUCAUCCGUGGAUAUCUUGGUAAGAUAACCUUAAUGGUCAAGUCAAUGUCUAUGAUGUUAGCAGUAGCUGCUGGUCUCAGUCUUGGUAAAGAAGGACCACUUGUACAUGUUGCUUGCUGCUGUGGAAACUUCUUUUCUUAUGUGUUUGCAAAAUACCACCGGAAUGAAGCCAAGAAAAGGGAGGUUCUAUCUGCAGCUGCAGCAGCUGGUGUUUCAGUUGCAUUUGGAGCUCCUAUUGGUGGUGUUCUUUUCAGCCUGGAAGAGGUCAGUUAUUACUUUCCCAUGAAGACAUUAUGGAGAUCGUUCUUCUGUGCUAUGGUAGCAGCUUUUACACUUGGUUAUAUGAAUCCUUAUGGGACUGGCAGACUUGUAAUGUUUUAUGUUGAAUAUUCAACACCAUGGAAGCUUUUUGAGCUUGUACCAUUUAUCUUUCUUGGUGCACUUGGGGGUCUGAUUGGAGCAUUCUUUAUCAAAGCUAAUUUAUGGUGGUGCAAGAAGAGAAAGCAAUCUUCAUUUGGAAAUUUCUCUAUUGCAGAGGUAUUAUUAGUUACUGUUAUAACUGCCCUGCUUGCAUACCCAAAUCCAUACACAAGACAAAGCUCCAGUGUUCUUAUUCAGCAUUUGUUUAGACAAUGUGGACCUGAUGACAACACUGCCCUAUGUGAUUACAUCACCAAUAACAACACCAUCAAUGUGAAUGACCCACGAUAUCCAGGUGCAGAGGCAGAUAAUGGUGUAACCAAAGCUGUUUGGCAGUUACUUCUUGCUGCUUUGUUUAAGCUUUUUAUUACUGUCUUUACUUUUGGGAUCAAGGUGCCUGCAGGUCUCUUCAUUCCAAGUAUGGCAAUAGGUGCCUGUGUUGGUAGAGUUUUGGGUAUUGGAAUUGAACAAUUGGCCUUCUACAACCCAACGUGGUUGAUAUUUGCGUCAUCAUGUGGUAAAUCAAUCAAUACAUGUGUUACACCAGGAUUGUAUGCCAUGGUUGGUGCUGCAGCAGUUCUUGGUGGAGUUACAAAAAUGACUGUUUCACUAGUGGUUAUAAUGUUUGAAUUAACUGGUGGGUUGACAUAUAUCGUACCUUUAAUGGUUGCCGUCAUGGUCAGCAAGUGGGUUGGUGAUGCCUUCAUCAAAGAAGGGAUUUAUGACGGGCACAUUCGUUUGAAUGGCUAUCCAUUCUUAGAUAGUAAAGAUGAGUUUACACAUACAACGCUUGCAGCUGACUGUAUGAGACCAAGGAAACACGAUCCACCUCUUGAAUGCAUCACGCAGGAUGGCUCAACGGUUGGUGAACUCGAACAACUUUUGGACGAAUCAAAGUUCCGUGGUUUUCCUGUUGUAGUGGACCAAGAAUCACACAGUCUGAUCGGGUUUGUUCUUUCGAAAGAUUUGAGAAUAGCGUUAAAGCAUGCGCGUAUUAGAAAUGAAGAGGUAGUAUCAGCAUCACGUGUCUUCUUUACCGACCAUUCACCGAGGUACAACUCACCUGGACAAGCUGCAAAUUUAUCUCUUCGUCAUAUCUUAGAUGUGAGCCCAAUUCAAAUCACUGAUGCUACACCAAUGGAAACAGUUGUGGAAUUAUUUCGUAGAGUUGGACUCAGACAAACACUGAUUACUCACAAUGGGCGAUUACUUGGCAUCAUAACAAAGAAGGAUGUUCUUCGACACAUAGCUACAUUAGCUAAUCAAGACCCAGAAUCUAUUCUCUUUCACUGAGCCGACCUACUCAAGACCAUUGUUUUGUUCAUCGUAAUGUUAGACUGCGUACUACAUAUUUUAAUGAAUUUUAAAAUAGUUUACAUCCUUAAAACAAAUUACAGCUGCUUGUAGGCUUGCUUUUGCAUUGCCCGAACGAUAGUUAAUGGUUUGAUCAGUUUUCGCUCAUCACUGGUAGAAAACUAAUGAGUUCCCAUAGCUGUAUCAUAUUGCUGGAGUAUAUGUCAUAUAAUGCACACGACGUUCGUCGUACCUUGUCAGAAUAGAAGUACUUUUUGUGGUGUGCAUUUUAUGCAAACACUGCACACCUCUCAGUAACAUAAAGGUUAUCCCUUGACACGCGUUAUCUUUCAUUGAUCUUGAAAACGGGUUCAACACAACAUAAGGUCAGGAAAAACUCCAGGGAACAAAACGUUAUGACCAGGAAUUAAAACCACUCGUAAAGCACAUGACUUAUUAGUCUCUUUUAAAAGCUUUUUGAGUAUAUGAAAAAUGCAAAAUAUUUUACAGAACUACAGUAUACUAACUUGCAGGACAUAAUUAUUUUAUCAAUAAAAGUAUUAGAAGAAAAUAUUUCCUUGUAAUUCAGGCCCCGCUUCUAUUAAAGUUUAAUGUGGUUAGUAGCGACUAAUAAAAUCCUUCCUGCUA